AAAACCGCAAACACUUGUGUGGUUCACCAGGUGAGACGCGCGUCACUGUAUAGUCGUCGUUUCAUUGGCAAAAAAAAAAAAUAAAAAAUUAAUUAAAAGACCAAAAUUACUUAUCGAAUCAGAACCGCUGAUUCUGUAGUGUGACAUAGUUCAAUUCGUGCGCGCGUUGAAUCGAAAAACGCUAAGCAAAAGUAAUAAAAAAUAAAAUAAAAGAAACAAAAUGUCGCCGAAAAUCGCCUUGAGUACUUUGGUACUACUUGCCGUCAGUUGCAGUUUUCCAGCGGUUUUAGGUAAAAAUGUAGGCAAACGUUGCGUGAACUGCACGUAUCGUACAUAUUACACUUCGGCCAGCAGCCCGUCCCAAUACACAGCACGAGAUACAAGUGCCGAUGGCUGCCAUGGAAAUCCUUGCGGCGUAAAUGCUGUUUGCCAGGAAGCGGCUGGUCGUCCCGUCUGUUCUUGCCCACCUGGUCACAGUGGCAAUCCGUUGACACAUUGUAAUCGUGGGGAAUGUUUAGAUAACAUCGAUUGCCGUGGCGAUUUGCAGUGCAAGGAUAAUCGCUGCGUGAAUCCUUGUGUUGGCGCUUGCGGUUUGAAUGCCAAUUGCGAGCCCAAAAACCAUGUUGCCGUGUGCAGUUGUCCCACAGGCUAUCGCGGCGAUCCGUUCACCUCCUGCCAUCGCGUUGAUCCUGAUGAACAAUGCCAUCCAAGCCCAUGUGGCAUCAAUACCAAAUGCGAGAUCAUAAAUGGUGUGCCAACUUGCUCAUGCAUACAUGGUUUUACGGGCAAUCCUCUUAGUGGCUGCCGCCAUGAGUGCGAACACGAUGGAGAUUGCAGCGCACGCGAUACCUGCAGUAACUACAAAUGUGUACCCGCUUGCCAGCAAUGCGGUAUUGGCGCCACCUGUAACUCGGUCUCAGCACAUCGCGCUGUGUGUGAAUGUCCCAAGGGUUACAUUGGUUCACCAUACACCGAAUGCCGUCCCGAGUGUUAUGGCGAUUCCGAUUGUCCAUCCAAUCGUCCGGCUUGCUUCUACGGCAUUUGCAAGAAUACAUGUGAUGGUGCAUGCGGUGUCGGCGCUGACUGCAACUUGCGCGGUUUGACACCCGUCUGUAGCUGUCCACGUGACAUGACUGGCGAUCCGUUUGUGCGUUGUCGCCCAUUCACGAAGGAGGAUCUCUGCGAACCAAAUCCCUGCGGUACAAAUGCUCUUUGCAUACCUGGUCAUGACAACACAGGUCGUGAGCGUCCGGUCUGCAACUGUUUGCCAGGUUACACCGGCAAUCCGCUAACCCAUUGCUCGAGAGGUGAAUGUCUCAGCAACAGCGAGUGCCCGGACAACAAAGCCUGCAUCAACUAUCAGUGCGUGAACCCUUGCAUUGGUAAGUGUGCUUCGGGCGCCACAUGUGAACCAAAGGCCCAUUUGGCUGUGUGCAAAUGCCCACCUGGCUACUCAGGGGAUGCUCUCGUGUCAUGUCGUCAAACACGCGCCUUUCCCGUUGCCAAAUAUGAUGGCUGCACACAAUGCGGCAAAUAAGCUGGUGUAGCUCGAUGCGUAAAGAGGUUCUAACUGCCAAAUGUGCGCGUGUGCCGGAAGUGUGUACAGUUCGAACUUGGAUCUUUACACCUUUCGCAGGUUUCAAAUUGUUUAAUCGAACUUUUAUUUCCUGUUAUUUAUGUUUUUAAUUUUAAUACUCUCUUUUUUUUUGUAAAAAAAAAACAAUGUAAAAAAUGUGUUUACCGUUCAAACGCUGUGCUUUAUGUAACUUUUUGAAUAAAUUUAAUUUAUAUUUUUAAAUUAAAAUUUAAAA